GGCGCCCUGUCGCUCUUUCUCAGGUACGCCGUGCACUUGCUUACAAAAAAAUAUCUUGCACCUGAGCUUCAUAUCCUCUCGUAUUUUUAUCUCUUAGAAGAAUAUUCGAAGUUAACUUUUGUACUUUUGUUUGUUGAAGAUCCGAAAGAUGGCCCCAGCAGCUGUACGAUCAAACUCAUCGGCCCCUCCAGGAUAUGUGGAAGACAUGAGUAAAGGGCGCAUGCUGCGAUUCCAGGAGUCGCUACCGCGCCUACCCGUGCCUUCGCUCGAAGAGACCGCUUCGCGCUACCUCAAAUCCGUGCACCCCAUCAUCACCCCCAAAGAAUACGAGAACACCAAAAUCGCCGUCGACGAGUUCAUCCGUCCCGGCGGAAUCGGCGAGGAGCUGCAGAAAAAGCUUGUUGAGCGUCGGGAACGAUCAGAUGUCCAGAACUGGCUUUCGGAGUGGUGGAAUUUCUCGGCGUACCUCGGAUACCGUGACCCGGUCGUGCCAUACGUCAGCUACUUCUACUCGUAUAAGGAUGACAAGCGGUUGCGCAACCCGGCGAAGCGCGCGGCGGCCAUCACCGCGGCGGCGCUCGAGUUCCGCAAGGAGGUGGUCACCGGGAAUCUCGAGCCCGAGUACAUGCGCAAGGCGCCGAUCUGUAUGGACUCGUACAAGUACAUGUUCAACUGCAGUCGGAUCCCCGAGAAGCCGGCCGACUACGCCAAGAAGUAUGACUACGACGCGCACAAGCACAUCGUCGUGGUGCGCAAGAACCAGUUCUUCAAGGUUCUCCACGAGGUCGACGGGAAGCAGUUGACGGGUGGCGAGCUGGAGCACCAGUUCAACCGCAUCUACGAGCUGGCGAAUUCCCAGAAGGUACCGGCGGUGGGCGCGCUGACCAGUGAGAACCGCGAUAUCUGGACCGAUGCAAGGGCGCAGCUCAUCGAAGCUUCUCCGGACAACCUGAAGGCCCUCGAAGCUAUCGAGUCCGCGUCGUUCGUGGUCUGCCUUGACGACACUGCGCCGGUGACCCUGGAGGAGCGCGCUCAUCAGUACUGGCACGGCGACGGCCAGAACCGGUUCUACGACAAGCCUGUGCAGUUCAUCGUCAACGAGAAUGGCACUGCUGGCUUCAUCGGAGAGCACUCGAUGAUGGACGGCACCCCGACCCUGCGAUUGAACGACUACGUGUGUGAUCUGAUCGCGAGCGACAAGGUCACGGUCGAUGCGUCGUCGGUCCGCAGCAACCUGCCCGAACCUGAGGCGAUUAAAUUCACCAUCUCCACCGAGGUCCACGAGAAGAUCGACCAGGCUCAGACCCACUUCCGUGAGCUCAUGGCAAAGCACGAUCUUAAGGUCUUGCAGUUCUUGGGCUACGGAAAGGGCAUGAUCAAGAAGUUCAAGUGCUCUCCCGACGCUUAUGUGCAGAUGAUCAUCCAGUUGGCAUAUUUCAAGAUGUACGGCAAGAACCGCCCCACUUACGAGUCCGCUGCCACCCGCAAGUUCCAGCUCGGCCGUACCGAAACCUGCCGAAGUGUCUCGGAGGCCAGUGUCGCCUGGUGCAAGGCCAUGAACGACCCCAACGUCGACGUCAAAACCUGCAUCAACCUCCUUCGCGAGGCUAUCAAGUCUCACGUCGAGUACAUCUCCGCCGCCGGUGACGGCAAGGGUGUUGACCGCCACCUCUUCGGUCUCAAGCAGCUCCUUGCACCCGGUCAAGAGCUCCCGGCGAUCUACAAGGACCCCGCCUUCGGCUACAGCAGCAGCUGGUUCCUUUCCACCUCCCAGCUGAACUCGGAGCACUUCAACGGCUACGGAUGGAGUCAGGUUAUUGACCAGGGCUUCGGAAUCGCGUACAUGGUCAACGAGAACACCCUGCAGUUCAACAUUGCCAGCAAGAAGCUUGGUGCCGACAAGAUGAACUUCUACCUUACCGAGGCUGCGAAUGAGAUGAGGGCGCUUAUGGAGACGGAGCUCGAGGCGCCCAAGGCGAAGUUGUAGGAGUUUCUUUAUUUUUGGGGUUUGGCUUUUGGAUUUACGUUUUUUUUGGAUGCUUGGUUUUCGGUUUGCGUCGUGUCUGUCUGUAUGUUACCCAUCGUCGUUGUCGUCUCUUUAUCUGUGUAGGUCUAGUAGAAUUAGAAAUCUAGAAUAGAUGUUUUUCUGCUAUAUAUACAUCUUUUGGUCAAUUCUGC